CUCGCGGCCUCCGCCGUCCUCUUCAUGGUCUCCACCGACGACUUCCGCGCGCUCACCGCCUUCCGCCUCCUUGUAGCAGCAGAGUCUUUGCAAUGCCUGUGGAGCCUCUCCCUGGCCGCCGUGGACGUCUACGCGCUUCUUGUGAAGCGCUCCUUCCGGACACCCCGAGCUACCACCAUAUAUUCCACCGGGGACUGGGUCACUGGAGCACUGAGCUUCGCUGCAGCGAGUGGGUCAGCCGCCAUGACCACUCUCAUCAACAACGACCUGCUACUGUGCUCGGAGAACCACUGCCCGACCUUUAUGGCCGCAACCGCCAUGGCUUUCUUGAGCUGGUUCGCCAUCGCGCCAUCCUGUGUCAUUAACCUCUGGGCGGCGGUCUACGCAGUGCAGAGAGCUUAGUCUGUGGAGCAAGAACCAGGCUGUUUGACCAACUUAGGUGGCACAUCUAAUAUAAUUACUACUUACGACUCGGUAUAUUAUCGAUAUUUCUGUAGUAAAAUCAGGGAGUAGCUUGAUGUUCAGAAGGGUGGUUGUGAAGCUCUGCACUUUAUCUCCAGGAGCGUAUGUAUGCCAUCUUAUUAUGCGAGGCUGGCUGGACUGGUGGUUGUGAUCUGGUGAUGACCUGACUGAUGGGCUACUUGUGUAGAGCUCAAGGUUGCUGAUGAUAUGCUCAGUAUGUUCUAUUUCGUGACUUUCGUAUAUUUUGUUAUUGAUAUC